UGGAGCCUUUAAGCUGCAUGAGCGGGGGUAUAUUGCUCCCUCCCUGUCAUGAAGCCGUUGGGCAGCAAGGAAGACAACAGCACACACAAAAAAAAGAAAAAAAAAAAAAAAAAAAAAGAGAUCUCGGAAAAGCGCCAAUCGCGAUACUUACAAGGUACCUCGUUUGAUACGGCCUUUGAUGUAAUAGUACAAUACCGUACGAAACAGUCGAAAUACGAUAACACUUGGCGGCUCUCUCUCUUCGAUGGCCGACGGACAGACAGCAAAACCCCCUGCUCGUCCACGUUCAGCCCGCCCAAGUGGUGUCCAAUAGCCAGCUCCCGGCGGCAUGGGCAGGAGAAGCGGUGGUUUUGAACACCAACAUCCAAACAGUCACAUGGUGUGGGAGGCUGGACUUCGCGCCAGCUGACACGCAUGGCCGGGGCCCGUCCAGAGCGGCGACAAAAACGUGCCCAGCGCCUCGGACUGGCGAAAGGAACGGGCUAAUGACAUAUGGGCGGUUCCGGCACUAAUGCGAGGCUGUCACCGCCGGUUGCGCAAAUUAAAAGCGCGCGUCGCCCGAAUUGCGAGGGUGGGGCAAGGCCCAUCACGGCUGUUAUGCUUUGCCGCAUCCCUGUCCCUUCCGCUUGACCCGCAUACGCUGCUGGUCAUGUGCUCUAAGCUCAGCCAAUCGCACCGCCGCAUCACCAGCCCGGGCGCCCGCCACCUGCUGCGUGCCAAGCCUCGUUUUGAUCCCGGCUGGAUGGGUCAUGGUCCUCCCUGGAUGACGCUGCGACUCCAUGGCGUUGCCGGCGGACGGUCGACCGUGGACGGUAGAUCUUGGGGUCGCUACUGUACCAGCUCAAUCGAGCGGUUCGCCUACGCCAUCCCAGGGCCUUUCCUUUCGACGCCCGCUCUGGCGUCAACGCCCCCUCCCCUAUCCUUCCCCCUUUGCAAGCGCCGUGAUAUGCAAUUUCAGACCCAUGGCCAUGUUCCAAUUAAUAUACUCACCUGCCUCCUCACAGUACCUUUGCUCUCAUGAUGCGAGAAGUGUUGAAAAGGGACUGUAUUUCCUUCUCCAGGACUAGCAUGCCGGGAUUCAACGGCCACUCCUGGACCUGAGGUCAGGCCGCUUGCCCCUCACGCCUUCGCGCCCUCGUCCGCCACUCCUAACUCCCCAAGGUCCAUGAGAUACACAUGUAUGCACUGUGCCAUAUGCAUUGCUUCGUUGGCCAUAUCACAUUUGCACAGCCUUCACCUGUCCUGUUGCGCGCACAUACAUACAUCCACUCCCCCUUACAUUCAUUUCUCCUUUGCUAUAUCCAGUCACCACGUGUCACGACAUGCUGCGCUGGUUCUGUUCGGCGAUUAUAGUCCAUCUCUUCACCUCGAAACUUGGGGGGAAAAUUCGCAUCCGCUGCGAGAACAUCGCCGCCUUGUUGGGCAUCAAUGCAACUAUGAUCUCAUCCUCGCCUUUUUUUUCUGACCUUAUUUCCUGCCCACUGGGGCAACCGGCCACUUGUGACGCCAAAACAAUACAGGUCCUUAUCCGAUUGCCACCCCUCGGAGCACAGUGCACUGGUGUGUUUCCCUUGAGCGAUGCGUUUUGAUCCGGGCUUAACAGACGGACAAACAACUCCGAGAUGCCAUUCUUCAAUCCCCAUCCGUUCAAGGUAUUCUAUUCUGGCCCAGUGAUCCUCGCGCCCGGGCGGGAUUUAGCCCUUGCCGACGGGCCUCAUCCGGAACGUAUCUGGAUAUGGGAAAAACGUGCAUAUGGAGUGCUCUCAUCGGAUUUGCGGUCGCAUUUCGCUGUGUCAAAAGGCUAAUGCCUGCACAGGCCGUUUCGGCUAUGCUGUCUCCUUUUACCUGACAUACAGUUGCGACUCGAUACGAGCCGUCGGCUCGACAUGCUCUCUGCAUACCCGAUCUCUUUUUGAAGUUAUGCUCACUCCAGCACGGCAUCUCCUUUAUUUACUGAUUCUAGGUUUCUUUCACUUUGCGUCAUCUUUGUAUGCGUGUAUUAUACAGUGCAUAUAUGCCCACACACAUACAUCCAUUCAGCAAGCCAUAUAUAGCUAGGAGAUUAAGGUACAUA